AUGGCAGAGCAGGAUAGAGGAGAACUUAAAAACAACAAUAGGUUGUAUGUUAUAAUUGGAAGCAUAGUGCUUGUGAUUGUACUUCUGCUAUUGAUAAUCUUUCUGUGGCCUGCAGGACCGCUUGGAAAGCUUACUGAAAAGGAUGUUGAGAAGAUAGUCAAGGAAGUGCCGCCGAGGUAUUCUUUCAUUGAGGAGGCAAUUAGUAAGGAUGCAAAGCCUGCAGAGGAUAAGGAUGAAAAGAAAGAGCCUGUGAAGCUUGAUCAUGUGGAGGUGUUCAAAGCAAUAAAGGCAACAAUGGAUCAGUUUAAGAAGGGAGAUGAGGAUGUAAACAGGCCAGCGAUGAUGGUAUACAACAGUUUGAUGGCGACUUCAUCUACUAUUGAUAGUAAUUUUGCUGAUGCAAUCAGCGAUAGUGUGAUUAAAGCCAGAAGUAUUCUGUUUGAAGACUCGAAGGUAAAGGUUGAAGAUAUCAUAUCGAUUAUAAAGACGCCAUACCAAGAGAUACGAAGCAAAUAUGAAAAGGAAAUUGCAGAAAUCAUAAAGAAAAAGGAGGAGGAUGCUGUUAAGAAGGGUGCCAGUGCGGAGAAUGAAACCCCAGAAGAUGUUGAGAUUCAAGAGGAAAACAAUAGGAUGUCUGAGCUCUAUGCAAAGGUUAUGAUUAAGUAUCUGUUCAGUCCAACUGGACUGGUGGAAGACAGCAAAUUUUUUGAGGAUGCUGCGUUUGGAUAUAACAAAGCCAAGUACUUUGAGUCUGUGCUGAAUAAUAUGAGCUCUGAAAUGAAGAGUGUUUCUGAGUCUAAACUAGCUGUCGAUUACAAAGGUGCCAAACCAAUGCCCAUGCCUGUGAUAAAUUACAUAUUUGUAACAAUUUCACAGAUGGCAAAGAUGAUUCUUGAUGAGAAGCCGGUUGUAACGAUACCUAUAAUCAAUACUAUUAUAUCAUCCAAUCCGGUAGAUACUCCAGUAGACAAGGCUAUUCAAUCUAUAAAAACGACAAUGAAUACUACAAGCAGCAAUAAGCGCAACGCAUGA